GUGCUGCACGUCCUCGAGCGCCCGCCCGUGCUCUUCCCCCGGCUCUCCCUGACGCCCCGCACCACCCUCAACCCAACCGGUCACCCCUUCUCCGCGCCCGCGCUCUCCGCCUUCCGCGACGGCUGGCGCGCCUGGGACCUCAUCACCCUCGGCAUGGUCCCGCCCGCGCUGCUGCACGCCCAGCCCAUCGACCUCCGCCACAAGCCGCUCUUCUACCUCGGCCACCUCCCCACCUUCCUCAACCUCCUCCUCAGCGCCGCCUUGAACGAGCAACCCGUCGGCCCCGCGCGCUUCGCCGCCAUCUUCGAGCGCGGCAUCGACCCGCACGUCGACGACCCCGAGCACUGCCACGCGCACUCGGAGGUGCCCCAGCGCGACGAGGACUGGCCCGCGCUCGGCGAGGUCCUCGCGUACCGCGACCGCGUGCGCGCGCGCCUCGCCGCGCUCUACCGCGAGCUCGAGGCCGGCGAGCGCGUCCUCACUCGCCGCCUCGCGCGUACGCUCGUGAUGGUGCUCGAGCACGACGGGUUCCACAUCGAGGUGCGCAUGCUGUUUCGAAUAACGGCCGCAGCCCGCGCUGACCCUGACUGA